AUGCCAGUCUCUUCGAACUACCCCCCAGUCGACAUCCCAGAGCUGGACCUCUGGACGUUCCUGUUCGAGCGCAAGGACAGGCCGUUUCCGGAUGACAAGAUUCUCUACCAAGAUGCCGACACCCAGCGACACUACACGUACAAGUCUCUCAGAGACGCCUCUCUAGAUUUCGGAAAGGGCCUGAAAGCCCUCUACGACUGGCGCAAAGGCGAUGUGCUAGCCCUCUUCACACCAAACACCAUCGACACGCCCGUGUUGAUGUGGGGAACCCUCUGGGCAGGCGGAGUCAUCUCGCCUGCAAACCCAGCCUACACCGUCAACGAGCUAGCCUUCCAGCUAAAGAACUCCGGCGCAAAGGCUGUUGCAACGCACGCCUCUGUGCUCGCUGUCGCAGCCGAGGCAGCGAAGAAGGUCGGCAUUCCUGCGGAUAAUAUCUUCCUUGUGGGUGAUGAACGGGAUCCGAGUGCCCGUGUUAAGCAUUUCACUUCUGUUCGCAAUAUCUCCGGUGCUACGCGUUAUCGGAAGCAGAAGAUUGCACCAGAAAAGGAUGUUGCGUUCUUGGUUUAUUCUUCUGGGACGACGGGUGUGCCUAAGGGUGUUAUGUUGUCGCAUCGGAAUAUCGUAGCCAAUAUUAUGCAGCAGGUUAUUGGAUUGACCUGCUUGAUCACUCAGGCUCUUUACAAGGGCUACCAUUUGAUCGUGAUGCAAAAGUUCGACAUCGAAAAGUGGUGCGCACAUGUACAGAACUACCGCUGCACAUUCAGCUACAUUGUCCCACCCGUGGUACUGCUACUAGGCAAGCACCCAGCAGUAGACAAGUACGACUUGUCAAGUCUGCGAAUGAUGAAUUCCGGCGCUGCACCACUCACUCAAGAAUUGGUCGAGGCCGUGUACUCGCGCAUCAAAGUCGGCAUCAAGCAAGGCUAUGGACUCUCCGAGACCAGCCCGACCACCCACUCACAGCAAUGGGAGGACUGGCGCGAAGCCAUUGGCUCUGUUGGGCGCCUGAUGCCGAACAUGAAAGCCAAGUACAUGACCAUGCCCGAGGACGGAUCUGCGCCUACUGAGGUUGCCGUCGGCGAGGUUGGUGAGCUGUAUCUUAGUGGACCGAAUGUCUUCUUGGGUUAUCAUCAGAACCCUGAGGCUACUAGGAACUGUCUUUCUGAGGAUGGUUGGUUCCAGACUGGUGAUGUUGGCUACCAGGAUUCUAAGGGUCACUUUUACAUCACCGAUCGUGUUAAGGAGCUUAUCAAGUACAAGGGCUUCCAGGUGCCUCCUGCUGAGUUGGAAGGUCUUUUGGUUGACAAUGAUGCCGUUGAUGAUGUUGCUGUUAUUGGUAUCGAGAGUGAUGCCCAUGGUUCGGAGGUGCCUAUGGCUUGUGUUGUGCGUAGCGCAAAGAGCAAGUCCUCUGGUACGACUGAGCAGGAGGAAGCAGCAAACAUUGCUAAGUGGUUGGAUAGCAAGGUCGCGCAUCAUAAGAAGCUGCGCGGUGGUGUGCAAUUCGUGGAUGAAAUCCCCAAGAAUCCCAGUGGAAAGAUUCUCCGCCGUCUGCUGAAGCUGAAGUUCAAGGAUUUGGCCAAGGCACCAAAGGCGAAGCUGUGA